AUGGAGAACGGCGCCCUCGACGCCUUCCUGCGGGGCCGGGUGGGGACGCUGGGGACGCUGCAGCUGGUGGCCAUGCUGCGGGGCAUCGCGGCCGGCAUGCGGUACCUGGCCGAGACCGGCUUCGUCCACCGCGACCUGGCCGCCCGCAACAUCCUGGUGGACGCCCAGCUGGUCUGCAAGGUCUCCGACUUCGGGCUCUCCCGCGCCCUGGAGGAGGAGAGCUCGGCCGACCCCACCUACACCAGCUCCCUGGUGAGGCCACCCCCGCGGGGCUGCCCGGGCGCCCGGGUCCUCGGCGCCGCAGCCACCGGCACAGGGAGGACGCGGAUCGGCACGGCCACCGUCCCGCGGGGCACGCCAGUGCUGGUGGCAGGGGGAAAGCUGUACAUCGACCCCCUCACCUACGAGGACCCCGGGGUGGCCCUGAGGGACUUCGCCCAGGAGAUCGACGUCGCCUGCGUCAAGAUCGAGGAGGUCAUCGGGGCAGGGGAGUUCGGGGAGGUGUGGGGGGGCUCUGGGGGCCGGGUGGGGACGCUGGGGACGCUGCAGCUGGUGGCCAUGCUGCGGGGCAUCGCGGCCGGCAUGCGGUACCUGGCCGAGACCGGCUUCGUCCACCGCGACCUGGCCGCCCGCAACAUCCUGGUGGACGCCCAGCUGGUCUGCAAGGUCUCCGACUUCGGGCUCUCCCGCGCCCUGGAGGAGGAGAGCUCGGCCGACCCCACCUACACCAGCUCCCUGGGGGGGAAGAUCCCGAUCCGGUGGACGGCGCCGGAGGCCAUCGCCUUCCGCAAGUUCACCUCGGCCAGCGACGUCUGGAGCUACGGCAUCGUCAUGUGGGAGGUGAUGUCCUUCGGCGAGCGGCCCUACUGGGACAUGUCCAACCAGGACGGGUCCCCUGGGUCCCUGGGAGGGGGCUCGGGGGGCCCGGGCACCUGGGUCCUCGGUAGGUCGGGGGUCCCCCAGACGCCUGCGUCCCCCCUGGAUGCCUGA